CCUCAGUGCCAAACAGACUGCAGUGCGCACCGGCAAAUGUUGCGCGCAUUUUGGAUGAAGAAGACCAUUCCGCUGCUGUUCUGAUAAUCGUCUCGUUUUGUUUGUUUGGAGGUCACUGAAAAAGGGAGAAGAGAAGAAGCGCAUCAAAACUUUAGUGGAUGCGCUAACGAUGGAAGGAAUCUAAAAAUCUCACCGUGCAGACUGAGAUUGACUUAUGGGGACUGUUAGCUAUGGAUACAGCAGAACAGCUGAACAUGACUCAAGUGGAAGAUUUGCAACGUGACUUUACGUCUUAUAACUGCUGCUCAUUUACAGGCAUAUUAAAUGAAGACUUUUUGGAGCUGGAUGACAGCACACAGCUGGUCGGAGUUCAAGUUAUUCUCAUCCUUGCUUACUGCACUAUCAUCCUGUUUGGAGUCACCGGAAACUCUUUAGUGAUCUACGUCGUGUACAAGUUUAGAAAUUUACGGACUGUGACCAACUUCUUUAUUGUAAACUUAGCCGUUGCUGACUUGCUGGUGAACAUGCUGUGUUUGCCUUUCACCCUUGCGUACACUCUGUACGGCGAGUGGAUGUUCGGUCAGGUGUUCUGCUUCAUGCUGCCCUACGCUCAAGGCUUGGCCGUGCACGUGUCCACUAUCACGCUGAACAUCAUCGCCUUGGACCGCCACAGGAGCAUCGUCUACCACAUGGAGACCAAGAUGUCCAAAGACAUGUGCGCUGUUGUGAUUGUCAUCACAUGGGCCGUCAGUGCCUUGUUGGCCAGUCCGCUCGCCAUUUUCAGAGAGUACGGGACAUUCGAUUUUUCACCCAACAAGUCCAUUCAGGUGUGUGCAGAGAAGUGGCCGGAAAGCAGCAUGAAUGGAAGCAUCUACAGCAUAUCGAUGCUGCUGGUUCAAUACGGUUUACCUUUGGCCAUCAACUCCGUCGCCUACAUCCGCAUCUGGAAGAAACUGAAGAACCACAUGACGUACGGUAGAAACGACCGCCAUCAGCGCAGGAAGAAGACCACCAAGAUGCUGCUGACCAUGGUGGUGGUCUUUGCUGUGUUGUGGUUGCCGUUCCACGCCUUCCAGUUGGCCGCGGACAUCGACAGUGCUGUGCUGUCCAUGAAGGACUUCAAACUGCUUUACACCGUGUUUCACAUUGUGGCGAUGUGCUCGACGUUCGUCAACCCCAUCCUGUACGGGUGGAUGAACAACAACUACAGAUCGGCCUUCAUGUCAGUGUUUGAGUACUACAGGCCCUCCAAUGUGACGUCGAGAUGCUCCAAAAGCAGAGAGACACAGAAUGAGGAAGACAGGGUUUGUACUGAUUGCAAAUCAUCAAAUGUCUGAGACACACAAUGGGAGACAGAUAAUUGAUAAUCAUUUGCUGAAAUGUGAAGUGUGUAUUGUUUGUUUAUUCUUGUUUUCUUUUGUUUUUGAUGAUGUUGAACAUUUUUUAAAAGGGCUUGGAAGAGUCAUACGAGCUCUCACUAAAAAAAAACAAAACAAGAAGUACUUUCCAACUUUAGUGUUUCUGAUUCAAACUAUGAUGAGUGUGUUUGUUUCACAUGCGUGGUAAUGAAGUUUCAGACAGAUCUCUUAGUUUAUGAAAAGAUUUCCAUCCUAAUUCAGAUGACUCAACUGGUGGAGCUUGAUUACUGAUGACUUUUUAAGAAAGAAAGUUAUAGCUGUGGUUUUCUCCACAUGGUAAAAAUAAUGUAUUUAAUAAAACGGUAGAAAAAAAUAGCCAUACAGUCUUUUUAUACCGGAAUGACUGAGAAAAUAUUUCACUGGGAACAAAUAUGAAGAAUACAUACUGAUCCUAUCCCUGCUGAUAAUUUAUACACAGUCCCUUAUUAGGAAAAGAGAUCUGGUCAUAUUGGUGCUACGCUGUGAGAUCAGACAACGUAAUGACAUAUUUAUUGACAAAUGUGAGUGUAAUUCAGCAUAAUGAGGCACAUUGUUGUCAGUGUUAUAUAGAAAUAGACAAACAGGUAAAAUAGGGAUAUUUCACAUCAUAUUUGUUUCUAUGAUUCUCUUAUAGCUACAGCUGCAGCCACAAUUCUUCAACUUUGCUCAAUGAAUAGUUCUUCUGAGUUGAAGAUCUCAUUGUUUGUUUUGUAAUACAACAAUGAAAGAACUGUUCAUCCCCAAUCUAAUAAUUUUGGUGUUUUUAAUCACUUACUUGCAUGCAAGGCCACCGCAUUGUUUUAAAAUGCAUUUGUGCUGUUUACAUUCAGUGUACAGAAGCCAACAAUCAGAAAAGACAGGUCUGUAGAGAAAAUUCCUCUUUCCCCUGAACUCACCAUUCAGCCCAUAUGUGUCUCAUUUAGUUUGGAAUCAUCUGUAUGGUCAUGACCAAGACAUUUGACCUUGCAAGCAUCGACACUUGAGCUGAAUUCAAACGUUUUUUCUGUCCUUUUGCAUUUAAUUUGUUACACAUUUGUUGACCUUUUUUUUGACCUCAGUCUUUAAACCUGAGGUCAAAUUCAGCUUUUUUAUUCAUUCUUGAAAAGCUGCAGGAAGAAACUGAAUCCGUUGCUUUCAAUAAAUAAUAGCCUAACACAAAGAUGGAGAACAUUCAAACAUUCAGCAAUAGAGGUAAUAUGUGAUUUCAGUAAGCCUGAACUGAAACGCUCUUUUCUGUCUAACCUGCAGUCCGUUACAGAACAUUAAAUGUGAGUCGGCCUUAAAAACUUCUCUAACCUUCACUUUUGUGAAAGAUUCUUAUGUAUUGAUUUGAUUCAAUACUAAAAAGCACGUAAAAAAUGCUUUGAAACUAUGACAACGAUAGGUGGCAAAGACCAUCAGGUAAAGAAAAGCAGCUCACAUCUUACAAAUCAUAUCUUUUACAGUAAACUUUGCAAGUUUCUUUCAAGUGGAUGAACUUGCGCUGAACUUUUUUCUUCUUUUGUUGUUAAAGAAAGUCAAGAGUCCAUUUCAAUCAUUUGUGCUUUUUUUGAAACUUGAAUAAAGUCCCAGUGAUGUAAGCCGCUCUCAGUAUUUUCACUCCACGUGGUCCAAUACACACCACCUGUCCAAAAGGGAAAAGAAAAAAAAAAAAAAAAACGCAAAUUGAAUUUAACUAAGCAAAUAGGUAGAAGCCUUCCAUUGGAUAAUUACUGCAGUGAUGAAUAUAUUUCAGCAGCAACAACUUAUUUAACUCUAGCUCAUGCAGUGAGGAGCUUCUCGUUUCUUAAACAGCCGUGUUGGAAGACAUAUCCUGUGGUCAUGGAAAGGAUGUUAAUCUGUCUCAGAAAGAUCAAAUUAUUGGCCUGCAUCAAGCAAAGAAAACAACUAAGGAGAUGUCUGAAACUACUGAAAUCAGGUUAAGAACCCAUUAUUAAAACCUGAAGGAUAGUGGUGAACCAUCAUCUUCAAGGAAGAAAUGUGGUCGGAACAAAUGUCUUAGAUGAUCGUAGGAAAUCAACAGUAGAAUUCAGGACUAUGUUCAAUAGUAAAAGUAAGAGCACUUCCACACGCACAGUGCAAAGGGAAUGCUAAGGAUUGGGACUAAGCAGCUGUGUAGCUCUAAGAAAACCACUGAUCAGUGAGGCUAGUCAGAGAAAAAGGCUUCAGUUUGCUAGGUAGCAUAAAGAUUGGACUCUGGAGCAGUGGAAGAAGGUCAUGAGGUCUGAUGAGACCAGAUUUACCCUGUUCCAGAGUGAUGGAGGCAUCAGGGUAAGAAGAGAGGCAGAUGAAGUAAUGAACUCAUCAUGGCUGUAACCUGUGGGGGUUAGGGUUAUGAUCUGGGGUUGGUCAGGUUCAGCAACAUUAUGUUCCCAAAGAAUGAGGUCAGCUGGGUACCUGAAUAUCCUGAAUGACCAGGUCUUUCCAUCAGUGGAGUUUUUCUUCUCUGAUGUCAUGGGCAUGUUCCAAGAUGAUGAUGCCAGGAUUCAUGGGGCUCACAUUGUGAAUGAGUGAAUCAGGGAACAUGAGACGUCAUUUUCACACAUGGAUUGACCUCCACAGAGUCCAGACCUCAGCUCCACUGAGAAUCUUUGGGAUGUGCUAGACUUUGUCCAACUCUCCCAUCAUCAGUAUAAGAUCUUAGCAGAAAAUGAAUGCUUUUCUGGACAGAAACAAAUGCUGUGACCUUGCAGAAGCUUAUCAAAAUAUUGCCACAGAGAACAUGUGUGGUUCUCAGAGCUAACGGCGGCCCAGUGAAACAUUAGAGUGUGCCACUUUUUGUUUUGGACGGACAGUGUACGUUUGGUUUUACUUGUUAGGGUUGAUCAUCACAUGUUUCACUGUAGUGAAGCCUCAGUAUUAUGUACAUCUCUACUUACCACCUCAUGGCCAGAAACUACUGAAGAGAAACUGAUGUCAUUAUCUGUGCUGUUGUGUUAACAGAGGUUUUGCAAGAUGAGCUCCUGUAUAUUUGCCUUAAAUGUAUUUUUCUUGGCGUAUCCGUAAAGUUUUACUGUGUGUUUGUCAUACUUGUGUUUAUCACUUGAUAUGCUGCUGUUCACCAUCAGGAAUUUACUGCAUUUAUUAAAAGGAUCUUCGUCGAGUUAAUUAUAAAUCAAACCACUGAGCAGCAACAUUCAUUUGUUGUACAAUGUCCUGCAGAGACAAGAAAUAAAAAUGUAAAAUCUUUUUGUGUUUGAA